AUGCCGGCAUGGCUACAGGCCGAGAGCACGCCGAUGAAGGUGACAUCGUCGGGGGCCACGCCGGAUUUCUUCAUCCUUUCAAAGACAGCGACGGCUUCUCUGCCAUGGCCGUGCAUGGCGAGACCGUCGAUCACCGAGGUCCACGAGACGAUGCUCUUCUGCGGCAUGAGAUCGAAAAGCUUGACGGCACCUUUAAUGUCGCCGCACUUGGCGAGGGCGUUCACCUGGGCGUUGCAGAGCUCCAGAGUCUUCGGGACGCUCUCCCUGUCUAUGUAG